AUGGGCCCUGUGCGACUCACAGAGAUGUUGGGAACUCAUCCCAACUUAGCACACAAGGUGAAGGGCUGGGUGAAGGACAACCACAACAAAACAUAUUCUAUUAUGGAGGUUCUGUGGAAGAGCCGUGGGCUUUUCUGUUGUGGAACAGUUUGUUAUCGUAUCAUUGAUGAGGCAGGGAACCAGUAUGCUUUAAAAGAUUGUUGGGUGACAGAGGAGAAGGGAAUGCACAAAACGACCAUCCUGGAGAUGGUCAAGGGUAUCCCUAAUGUUGUCAAACUCAUAGACCAUUGGGAUGUGUAUUACGAAGGGGAGCCUGACUGUACAGCGUGCAUUUGCAGCCAAUAUGACAUGGACCAUCAGGAUGACUUGAUGUUCCGCGACAGAUUCCACUGCUGCAUUCUCUUGUCCCCCUGUGGGGAGCCAUUAUCUAAAUUCAGCUCUAGACGAGAACUGCUCACUGCCUUUCAUGCCUUUGUAGUUGCUCAUCACAUGAUGAUUGAGAAGCAAGUCUUGCAUGGGGACCUCAGUCCCAAUAAUUUUGUUGUUCAUGAUGGUAUUGGUUACUUCAUUGAUUUCGAUCACGCCUUGAUUCUAGCGGAAGGCAUGACUAGCACCUAUUUGCAUGGUACAGGGACCAUGCCCUACAUUUCUAUCCGUAUUCUUCAGGCUAUGCUGGAUCUAGCCCCACUUGAGGUUGGCGCCAGCAUCUCAGACCAGGAUGCUGAUCCGAACAAUGUGGACAAUCUCAAUGUGGACAACAUCAUCGACCAGGCUGCCAAUGCUCUGCAGGAUGUCGAAUUUGAUACAAAUCUAAUCGAACACUGGCCCAGCGAUGACCUAGAGUCCUUAUUUUACAUUUUCUUCGAAUUUAUUGCUAAGUAUGGGGGGCCACAUGGCCAAUUGGCACCCACCUUGUCCCGGCAAAGUUUGCUGUGGGCAAGCACUUAUGAGGCUUUGGGCAAUGCGGACACCCAUUUGGCUCUGAGUAUGAUCUGUUUUGUGAAGAUGGGGGUUUUAAUGCAAGGCAUAUUCUUGGUCACUAAGACAUCCGAAUACUUUGCGGAAUUCCGACCUCUCAUGCAGAAAUGGGGCACCAUGGUUUACAAUGCGAACAUGCCCCAAAAUCAGGUAGAGAUGACCCAUGCUGGAGUCCUCAACCUACUCAAUGUAUUCAUGAGAUCUAUUGGUGAAGAACCACCUCCUUCAGGACAAUCCCAGAGUCUUCAUCCCUGCACAGCAGCAUCCCAGAGUCUUCAUUCCUGCACACCAGCAUCACAUGCUCUUCACACACACCCAGCAGGGCCAUCCAAGCAUUUACCACGUUGUUCCACUCAUCUUAGCAGAUCAUCAGCAAAUCCUCUGAUAUCCUCUACAGCACUUUCUGAGCCUUCAUCAUCUCAUUCCCCACAACAACAAAAGAACAAACGGACAACUCAGAGGAUGCAAUGA